AUGAAUAGGACCGGUGGCAAUCAAAAGUUGCUCCUGGGCUCUAUGUGGGCCCUGGAGGAACAAGGCGUCGAAGAGCUCAAGAUCACGAUACGUGACAAAUUCCCUGGUGUUUCGCUGGAAGUCGCAUACUCUAAGCAUAGCCAUUCGCUGGUUGUGAGCGGCCAGCUCAGUCCCCUCGACGAGCAGGGUAUCGCAAACCUUCUGGCAGCUUACAUCGAAGAGAACCGCUCCAAUUACGAUGUCUUUGAGAUCCCCCGAGUGCGGGAACUGUUUAAGUUACCUGUCACUCUUGACCCGUCGAAAUUGCCUCGGGCCAAGGUCCCAACUAGUGGAAUUCUGGUGGAGGAUUUGAAGCCAGAGCAAAUACUCCCUGAUGGCUCCUUUUAUGACGACUGGCUUCCUUCCCGUAUGGACUCCCGCCUAAUCCCCCCCAUCUCAUCUUGCCUUCUGCCUUCUGUCUCCCGGCCAAGUGGUACAUCCACUACAGCAAUCACUGUUGGGAAGGAGCAUGGCAUUCGAGUCUCGGGACCAAGUAAAGGUCAUAUUGAGGAGGCUCUCAAGAUACUCAAGUCCCUCGCGCACUGCCUGAACCGGAUUGAAUUUCCCCCCAACAAACUUAUCAUCUAUGUUCCACACCACAAACCCGGCGUCUUUCGUAUCAUGCCAUAUGUGACCAUCAGUCCAACAGCCGUGUUCCGAUUUCUAUCCGACCCACUAUCAUCCCGCACUCUGCCCUCCUUGAUGAGGCUAGUGGUCUGCAAGCUUGAGACUACUAUCAAUGUUUGCCUACCACUGGUAAACAUUCGUGACCCACCAAAAGUGGAACAGAAGCCCGACACGAUCACCAGUCAGGACUGGAAUGGCGUAAAGUUUCCAGAAGUUGGCACAAAGGCCAUUUAUGAUGUCUACGAGAUUGAAAAGCAUGUCGAACCCAAGGUCGCUGGCUCUGCUCGAGACAAAGUUUCACCACAUCCCUAUCUCUCUGCGGACAAGGCGCAAGAGGUAGAUACAUGGAUUCCAAAGGGUGGUGCCGCUGAUAGCUCCCUGAAAGAGCGGGCAAGCCUCGCCGGGCAUCAGAAGGAGAAGCACACAGAGGCGAAUAAAGGCAGCGUGACCAUGCUUCCGUCGGCUGAGGCCCGGGAUCCGGUCAAGAAUGUGACUGUCGCCCCUAAGUUGGUCAAGUCAAUUGACAAGAAGGUGAAAACAGAACCAGCUUCGAUCAAGGAAGACGUUUCUUCUUCGUCUCGCAAAGUCAAUCCAAGCCCGUCCGCCGGCGCUGGUGUUCCCAAUCCUCAGGGACAGUCUGCCCAACAGCUGUCCCCCGUGCUUCACAACGCCGAGAAGAAAACUACUGCUGGAUUUGCUUCGGCUGAAGCCCUCCCGGGUGAGCCAAAGAUGAAACCAGUCCCCGUUUCUGGAAUUCUCAUCGACUUCGAUGACUUGGAAGUCACUCCCAAGGGUGAUGAGCUUCCCCCAAGAGGCAGGCAAUAUCCCUCUAAUGAGCUUUUAUCACUGCGCCCAGACGUUCCGGAGGAAACCAAGGCCAUUUCCCAAGACCACAAUACCAGGCAGAGGGAGCUCAUGCUUAAUCGCAGGGAAGGGCGCCGGCAGUACUGGCGGCGCUCGGCCGAGUCUCAUGGAAGAACUUCUUCUCAUGGAACAAAUACCAGCUCUGACCGCGAUUCCCCGACCCCAGGUCAGCGUCAGCCAGGCUGGAAACGUGCUCACCUUCGAGCAAUCAUCGAUGAAUGUAACCGUUCUAGCUCCUCUCGUGACGCUCUCGCUAUUGCCCUUCGCGACGUAAGCCCCCUUCCGGCGUCUCCCAGCCCCGGGCCCUCAGGCACUGAGGUCUCCUCUGUCGGGGAACCAGUGGGACAACAAAGAGUAUCGAAGCCCAACCUACGUUCGGAGGAGCAGAAAAUGGAACUUAUGAAGUAUCUGCAGAAUACUAUUGAAGAGGAACAAAUUUCGAAGACUUCGCCCACUCUCUUGGGUACGCCCCAACUUGUUCCUGCCCAGACCGGUAUUGAAGGGCUUCUUCUCUCCAAUUCUCCUGACCGUGCCACCUCGACCAAGCAUGUUAAAGACACCUUGGUCACACCUCACGGACGAAGCAGUAUUCCUUCUCUCCAUCCAGAUCUGGCUGGUCUCUUGUUUGAGGAACCUGUGCUUACCGGUCAAACCAAGCCGCUUCAGCCUGAUAAUCCACCUUCUGUUCAAGCUUCCAAGACAGACGUCAGUGAAAGUGUGGCCCCCAUGGAAGAGACCCAGACCAGGGAGUUCCGGAAGACAAUGUUUCACCAACGCCCCGCCAAUCGCAAGCCAGGCGACGCUGACGAACAGGCCAAGUCAAAGAAGGGAGUGACACCCCAGGAAGGCAAAGCCAAGGACGGCGAUUCUCUUGCUGCGCAGUUCAGAGACUAUUCCGAAACUGAGAUUGAAUCAUCAGAGGAAGAACCCCCCGCUCCGAGUCAAGUUAUGUCUGCUGAACAAAAGGCCCUCACUGAUUCGACUCGAGACCUUUUUAAUUCCCUGCGCCCAAUACUUGGCAGUGUCCGCCAUUUUCCCGGCCCGCUGAGUUUGGAAGUCGAGCUUGGGCUCGUAUCCGUUCUCAACUUGACGACCUCGAUGGUGGGACAAGAGAUGAAGCUCAAGGAGGUUAACGACCUCUUCUUCUCAGCGCAUGGUAUGGAGCCACCAGUGACUUCUUUUUUCAAUCGAGUUACUUCUUCUCCCUCGGACGUUGACCACAUAAUCGGUCUCGAGGUUAACCAAAAGCGUCUUUUCGAACAAAAGGCCGUUCAGCGGGGGAUUAGAUACAACUUCCAUUGCCGUACAAACUCAGGCCUGGAGUUUGUGAUCUCUCUUAACCAGGAUGGUGUACCGGCUUACAGAUAUCCUCGUGUGCCGCUUGGUCAGGCAUCUAUGAGCUUCCCAGCUCAGGUUUGGGAUGCCUCUGCUUCCAUCAAAGGGUUUACUCGAUUUUACCUGGACUGUGAGGAAGGUCUCCAAGAAGCGGUUGAAGAGAUGGUAAAGAGCGUGUGGAUCAACCCAGAGAGCGAGCAACUUCAGAUGCUGAUCCGACCUCCACCCGCGGAGAUCAUGAAAAUCGACGUGGUUGUUAUGGAGAGGCGUACGUGCCACCGCUGGAUCUCAGACCAGAGCAACAACAUCUUUCUCAAGGUGACUGAGAACCAGGUCUUGAAGCUGACACCUUCUAUCCUCGAUCCGAAGGUAGUGGUGAUUCAAGCCGCGCCUUACGAAGAUUUAAUCUCCCAAUGCAAAUAUUGGUGGAAUGUUGCUGUUUCCAACCCUACCAUCGAUGCUGCCAUGAUGAAGACAUUCAAUGCUCUCACUCACGCCCCGGGCAGCUCAACUGAGGCGUGGACGGACAUAGACCUUUUUGGCGAAGCUAUCAAGCUACUCAACCCUUCGAUCAAACUGUCAGCCCUUGGGGCCGAAAUCGGACACUCCGGGAUCACCAUGAUGUUCGAGCUGGCCAAGAUUCUGGUCCAGAACCUCGACGCCAUCGGAUCCCACAACAAGGGCCCUGCAGCUCACGCGAAACUGGAUAACGUCGUUUGGGGGGAAGGAAAGGUGAAGGAUGCGCCUCAGAGCUAUGUUUCGAAGCUCAACAGCAUGGUGAAGUGGAAGCCCACCCCUAAGCACCAGAGCAAGAAGCACAAGUGGUAA